AUGAAACAAGUCUAUAAAAAUAUUGCGGCUCUUGCCAACGCUAAAUAUGCACAAAAGUGGCCUCAUGUAUCAAGACCGCGGUAUCAACAAUCACCGGCUAACCGUUCAUCAUCAUCAUCCUCCACUGCUCUCUUAACCUAUUCAAUAAAUAAUUCCUUGCCUUCUAUGCCGGAAAUAGAUGCAAGUGAAUUGACUACUUUUCCUUAUCAAAGGACUGUUAAUCCACUUAGCAUUGGUAAUCAACCAGGUUUGACGUCACCUAAC